AUGACCGUAACCACGACUACACUGCUUUUUAAACAGCCUGUGAGAGCAGAUAAGGGGUCCUCGCCGGUUGCUCCGGUUCACAUUGUCAAUGAAGAGUCAGCUGACAAGACUAACUUGGGCUUUAUUCAUGCAUUUGUGGCUGCUAUAUCAGUCAUCAUCGUAUCAGAACUGGGGGAUAAGACCUUCUUCAUUGCAGCCAUCAUGGCAAUGCGGUACAACCGUUUGACUGUACUGGCUGGUGCUAUGCUUGCCUUGGGACUGAUGACAUGUUUAUCAGUUUUAUUUGGCUAUGCCACCACAGUUAUUCCUCGUGUGUACACAUACUAUGUGUCAACGGCACUGUUUGCAAUUUUUGGCAUCCGGAUGCUUCGGGAAGGCUUGAAAAUGAGUCCAGAUGAGGGUCAGGAAGAGCUGGAGGAAGUUCAAGCAGAAAUUAAAAAAAAAGAUGAGGAACUUCAGAGAACUAAACUGUUAAAUGGGCCAGGAGAUGUGGAAUCAGGGCCAGGCACUACUAUACCUCAGAAGAAGUGGCUACAUUUUAUUUCUCCAAUCUUUGUUCAAGCUUUUACUUUAACGUUUUUAGCAGAAUGGGGUGAUCGUUCCCAAUUAACAACCAUAGUCUUGGCCGCCAGAGAGGACCCCUACGGUGUGGCGGUAGGAGGAACAGUGGGACAUUGCCUAUGCACUGGUUUAGCAGUUAUUGGAGGGAGAAUGAUUGCACAAAAAAUUUCUGUUAGGACCGUGACAAUCAUAGGAGGCAUUGUCUUCUUAGCGUUUGCAUUUUCUGCACUAUUUAUAAGUCCAGACUCUGGUUUUUAAAAUUUUUCGUCACUGCAGAAGAGCAAGGAUUGGAAGCAUCGAGCAGCUAUCCUUGUGCACUUUUGUAUAUAAUGUACAGAAUUACAGUUAAACAAGCACUGAAGAUGAGACACUGAACUUUUUAUAGCAAAUGAUUCAUGGGACUGACGCAUUCAUGGACAGCUUCCGCAGCGGAGAUCUGCUUGUUGUCUGGUUUGUUUACUCUGUGGUGCCUGCUCCCUUGGUGGGAUUUGCGUGGGUUUCUUGCUUGCUGGACCUGGCUCAGCUGAGUUUUGAGGGAUCUACUCUCAUAAGUAUUGAGGCUUCCUCUUUUCUUCCUCUGUUACACAUGGCCACCGUGCCUGUUUCUUCAAGAGCUGAUUCUUAAGGCUUCUUGAAGCAGACUGUGUCUUGUUCCAUAUUGCUCAACAGACAGCGUUAAGGAGAAAACUGCUGGCUCCCACCUCCAAGGACUUCGGUUCCAGGGUGCACCCGAGGCUGGAUAACCUAAGCAACAAGAAACCUGGGAGCAGUUCCUAUGCCAUUGAGUGGCUGAGCCACUGACAGAGUUUUAUAAAUUUAAUUUAGAGGGAAGACUUCUUAAUCAGGGAUUUUUAUCAGGAAAUUGAUGUGUGGUGAUUAACAACCUACCAUGUUCAAUAUGCAGUCUGUCUGGAGCAAGUAUUAUUUGACUCUUUUUUUUUUUUUUAUUUUGAAAUAUUAAAGUAUAUGGAAAGUAAUAAAAUGGUCCAACUUAACAAUGUUCCGUUCCCAGGAUUGAACAGUAAUGGAAUUCUUAGAUUUAGAUGUGUUCCUAUUUUUGCUUUUUAGGAAUAGAAAUGUAAUCUGGAAGAGUAUUAAUAAAAUAUAGUGUCUCCAUUUG